UCACAUUUGUUUGAAUGAUGAGCAUCAAAACCUGAUCGUAGACCCUGUCAACUGGUGGUUCCUUCUCCUUUAUUUCUCUUUCUUUCGCCGCCGGGAUGCGCCCUGUAACCCAACUCUCUGUCAUUCGUUACCUGGACGGGACAAGUUUAAGGGUUCCUUGGAGGUAAUUUUCUUUCUCAGAGAUGUCUCGGCAGCCUACAGCCCCAGCAUAUCAGAAAUCGAAGACCCUCGACAAUAAAUAUCUGCUGGGAGAUGAGAUUGGGAAAGGAGCAUAUGGUCGGGUUUACAAGGGUUUGGACUUGGAGAACGGAGACUUUGUUGCAAUUAAACAAGUUUCCUUGGAGAAUAUUGCUCAGGAAGACCUCAACAUCAUCAUGCAAGAGAUUGAUCUGUUGAAGAUGUUGAAUCAUAAAAACAUUGUAAAGUAUCUCGGAUCUUCAAAGACAAAGACUCACCUGCAUAUAAUCCUUGAAUAUGUGGAGAAUGGCUCACUUGCGAAUAUUAUCAAGCCAAAUAAAUUUGGACCUUUUCCAGAAUCAUUGGUUGCUGUUUAUAUUGCACAGGUAUUGGAAGGCUUGGUUUAUCUACAUGAACAGGGGGUAAUCCAUCGAGAUAUUAAAGGUGCAAACAUAUUGACAACUAAAGAGGGUCUCGUUAAACUUGCUGAUUUUGGUGUAGCUACAAAAUUGACUGAGGCUGAUGUCAAUACUCAUUCUGUUGUUGGAACACCAUAUUGGAUGGCCCCAGAGGUUAUAGAGAUGUCUGGGGUUUGUGCUGCCUCUGACAUUUGGAGUGUUGGCUGUACUGUUAUUGAACUUCUUACAUGCGUACCCCCUUAUUUUGAUCUACAGCCUAUGCCAGCACUCUUUCGUAUUGUUCAGGAUGAACAUCCUCCACUUCCAGAUAGCUUGUCUGCUGACAUGACUGAUUUUUUGUGCCAAUGCUUUAAGAAGGAUGCUAGGCAAAGGCCAGAUGCUAAAACUUUGCUCUCUCAUCCUUGGAUACAGAACUGUAGACGUGCUCUGCAGUCAUCACUUCGUCAUGGCAGAACAAUAAAAAAUAUAGUGGAAGAUGAUUCAGUGGCCGCAGAGGUUCCUGGUGUUGAUCAUAUGAGAUCUGGUGAAAGUUCCUCUGUGGGGAGAUUGGUUAUUGAUGAUGAUUCAGCUAAACAGUUGUCAACUGAGGCUUCUGAUAGAAGGAAACCUGAUGCCAAUAAUUCAAAUUCUCAUUUGCUUGAUGAGUCAAUCGAGAAGCCAGUUCCAUCUGAUCAAGUUCUUGCCUCGUCCAUUUCUGAGAGGUCAUCUCCACCAAGUGGUCCUAACAAAAUUUCUUCUAAUGAAGAAGAGGGAAGAUCCGAGCUCACUGGUGAUCACAACAUUGCUCAUCCAAGAGAGAACGAAGAAAUGAUGAAUGGAUAUCAGCAAUCAGAAGUGGACAGAAAGCUGGGAGGAAAAGGCAGUUCAAUUAACAAUGGUGAUAAAUCAACUAUUUUUGGACUAAAAAGUCAAGUUAUUGUUUCCCUGAAGGCUAGGAAGAUGUCACAACUUAUGGAGGGAAAUGAGCUGAGUAGAUUUACUGACCCUCCUGGAGAUGCCUCUUUAGAUGAUCUGUUUCAUCCGUUAGAUAAGCACCCUGGGGAGCUGGCAGCUGAAGCUUCCACGUCUGCAUCCACGUCAAAUGUUGGGAAAGCUAUUGCAUCUAUGAAUAAUCCUGGGAAGAAUGAGCUGGCUAGAGAGUUGAGGGAUACAAUUGCUCGGAAACAGUGGGAAAAGGAGAGUGAAAUUGGACAGGCAAACAAUGGUGGGAACCUGUUGCAGCUAAUGAUGGGAGUUCUAAAAGAUGAUGUGGCUGAUAUAGAUGGUUUGAUCUUUGAUGAAAAACUUCCUGGAGAAAAUCUCUUUCCUCUACAGGCUGUUGAGUUCAGCAAAUUAGUUGGGUCAUUAAGACCAGAAGAACCAGAAGAAGUAAUUGUUUCUGCAUGUCAGAAACUUGUUACUAUCUUUCUGCAACGUCCAGAGCAGAAGAUUGUUUAUAUUACUCAGCAUGGCUUACUUCCUCUAACAGACUUGCUCGAUGUUCCUAAAACUCGUGUUAUAUGUUCGGUGCUUCAACUUCUAAAUCAAAUAAUCAAGGAUAACACUGAUUUUCAAGAAAAUGCUUGUCUAGUUGGAUUGAUUCCCGUUAUAAUGAGCUUUGCCGCACCUGAUCGUCCUCGGGAGAUUCGUAUACAAGCAGCUUAUUUUUUGCAGCAGCUUUGUCAAUCGAGCUCUUUGACAUUGCAAAUGUUCAUAGCUUGCCGUGGAAUACCUGUUUUGGUGGGAUUUCUUGAGGCUGACUAUGCCAAGUAUAGGGAAAUGGUUCAUCUGGCUAUUGAUGGCAUGUGGCAGGUCUUUAAGCUUCAGCGAUCUACCCCUAGAAAUGAUUUCUGCUGCAUAGCUGCAAAGAACGGAAUACUCCUUAGGCUCAUAAACACCCUUUAUAGCUUAAAUGAGGCAACUCGACUAGCUUCAGCAUCUGUUGGGAGUGGACAGAAUGAGACACUGUUAUCUUCCGUAGAUCAGCAAGAUCUCCCGUCAGAGAGGUAUGGAAUAAUUGAUCAUCAAUUGGAACCUUCACAUGCAUCGAGCUUCCAUCUUCAAAAAUCAGAUGCUAGUUACCUUGUGGGUGAUAUGACUCAAUUUAACAUUGCGGCUGCGGAAGUUACAUUGUCAGAAAAAAGUCCAAUUCUAGUUUCUAGGGAUUCAUCAGUUGAUCAAUGGAAAACUGAUCCUUCUCAGGGAGAUCUUGAACUUAGACAGCAACGUAUCAAUACUACCACUAAUCGGACAUCAACUGAUUGCCCUCAAAAACUAACAGAACGUGCAUCAAAUGGUUUAUCAAUGUCAGCUACCACACAAGAAGAACAAGUUAGGCCUCUUCUUGGCCUGCUAGAGAAAGAGCCUCCGUCUCGACGCUUCUCUGGACAGCUCGAGUAUGUUCGUCAGUUAUCAGGAUUAGAAAGACAUGAAAGUGUUCUCCCUUUAUUACAUAGCUCUGAUAAGAAACCUAAUGGCGAACUAGAGUUUUUGAUGGCAGAAUUCACAGAUGUAGCUCAACGGGGAAGAGAAAAUGGGAAUCUUGACUCCAGUGCUAGAAUGUCUUUCAAAGCUGUUCCAAAGAGAUUAGGGUCUUUAGCAUCUAAUUAUGUAGCUGUUCCAACAUCUGGGAGUGUAUUGCGGACAACUUCAGGUGUAUUGAAUGCUAGACAAGGUGAUGAAACUUCUACUGGGUUACUUUCCCACACAGUGUCAUCAUCGAAUGCAGAUGAUGCGAGGGAGUACCUGGAAAAAGUUUCAGAUCUUCUUUUGGAGUUUUCUCAAGCAGAUACAAUAGUAAAGUCAUACAUGUGCAGCCAAAGCUUGCUAGGUCGGCUUUUCCAGAUGUUCAAUAGAGUGCAGCCUCCUAUUCUGUUAAAGGUACUGAAGUGUGUUAAUUAUCUGUCAACUGAUGCUAAUUGCUUAGAGAAUCUUCAACGUGCAGAAGUAAUAAAGUACUUGAUACCGAAUCUUGAACUCAAGGAAGGGUAUCUUGUAUCACAAAUACAUCAUGAGGUCCUGAACGCACUGUUCAAUUUAUGCAAGAUAAAUAAGAGAAGGCAAGAACAAGCUGCUGAAAAUGGGAUCAUUCCCCAUUUGAUGCACUUCAUCACAUCAAAUUCUCCCUUGAAACGAUAUGCCUUGCCUUUAUUGUGUGACAUGGCUCAUGCUUCUCGCAAUUCAAGUGAGCAAUUAAGAGCACAUGGUGGUCUGGAUGUGUAUUUAGACCUUCUUGAGGAUGAGUUUUGGUCUGUCACAGCAUUAGAUUCUAUUGCUGUUUGCUUAGCUCAUGACAAUGACAAUAGGAAAGCUGAACAAGCGCUGCAGAAAAAAGAUGCAGUUCAGAAGCUCAUUAAGUUUUUCCAGUGCUGUCCUGACCAGUACUUUGUGCACAUUCUGGAGCCGUUCUUGAAAAUCAUCACAAAAUCUGCACGUAUCAACACCACACUAGCUGUAAAUGGUUUGACAUGCUUGCUCAUUGCAAGGCUUGAUCAUCCAAAAGCUAUCGCUCGUCUAAAUUUACUAAAGCUGAUCAAGGCUGUCUACGAACACCAUCCACAGCCAAAGAAGUUGAUUGUGGAGAAUGAUUUGCCUCAGAAACUUCAGAGCUUAAUAGAGGAACGGCGAGACGGACAAAGUUCAGGAGGCCAAGUGUUGGUCAAGCAAAUGGCCACUUCAUUACUUAAAGCUCUGCAUAUAAACACCGUAUUAUAAAUGUAGGUCCCCGAAUCUGUUCCCUCUCGAAUGUAUUUUUAUGGAAAUCCAAUCAUUAACAUGUAAAUAUUUGUAGUUAUUAGAGAUAGGAUUUGAUAAAAUUUAUUUUUAUCUCUCUAUCUUCGACCCAAAUUGAUUCCGGUAGCUGUAUUUAUUCCUUCAUGAAAUAUAAGAAGUUAUUUUGACUCCCUUUCCGCA